AUGUCCAUGUCACCAGUGAAGGAGACUCCACCAAAACCGCCACUGUAUGGUCCACGCCUCGUUGGCUCUAGCUCAUCGAUUAGUUCCAUAGCUUUGACCUUUGGUGCACCACUAACUGUUCCCACUGGUAAAGCCGCACGUAGUACGUCCCAGCAAGUCAAACCAUCUUGUAAUUCUCCUGUCACCUACACACAGAAUUAG